UUACCAAAACAAAGCAUAAUGUUCAAGCACUGUUGAAGCUCUUGUCGUGUUGUCUUUCCUUUUCUGCUGAUUUGAAGAACAUGCGUAUGUAUACAUGUGUGAUAUCUCGUUCUUUAUUCAUGUAAACAUUUUUUUCUUCUUCAUGUAAACAUAUGGUAUUUUAGUAGCUAAGUGAACAGGGAGUUCCUGUUGUUGGGUCAACUGUCACAUCAAUCCAAUGGCUUUGUGGAAGGGACACAGGCGAGAGCUGGGACAGACAAGUGCAGGGGUCGGCCAUAUGUAUGUGCAGCCCUUGCCUUUUUAUGUGGAGAGUCACAAGGGUGCAUCUCUGCCCCCUCUGUUCCAGCGUUCUCCCCUGGUGUCCACCAGCAGUCACUUCUCUGUCACCUCACGCUUGGAGCACGACAGGAAGCCUCAGACAGGGCCCCUGGCCAACACACUGCACCCACGUGCCCCUCCACACUGGAACACACACUUCCUCAAUGAGCUGGCACAACAGCUCCGGGACUGUGGGACAGUGCGCCUGCUCUCUCAGCCAAUCAGUGAAAUGCAGGACAGCUACAGGGGCCAGGCUGCUCCACAUGGCCCCCUGCUGGACCACUACUGCACCCUGCUGGCACUUUAUAGACAGCUUGAUCCAGGCCAGACCCCGACUGUGACAGCAGAUCCUUUAGUCAGCACAGCUCAUGCAUACUACAGGCGCUUUAGCAGGUCAGAGAUUGCCCCUUCCUCUUGUCUGGAAGCCCCUUCUUCCUACCUUAGCCUGAAGAAGAGCUCCACCCACAGCCGCCUGCCGGGCCACAAAGCCCCUCCCACCAUGUCCUGCCGCCCUUGGCUGCCCCGCCCCUCUGUGCCCUUACCCUCUGGAGGGAAACACAGCCUGUACAGGGACAGCUUCCGUGUGCCUGCCCCUCACCCUGCUCCCUCUGGUCCCUCGCCUGUUGCAAUCCCAGACUGGCGACAACCCGGGCCUGAAACUAGUGCUGGAGGAGCUAAGAGAGGGCUUCUCAGGGACAUCGUGGAGGUCCCCAAAAUGUACCUGACAGAGAACCGGGUCUAUGGGGGGAACCGGACCGUACUGGUCUGAGACCGUGCCGGACCGUGCUGGUACGUGUGUGUGUAUCAGAAAGACAACUACAUGUGUGUAUUUUGCCAGAUGUCACCAAGUGUGAUCUAAAGUAUACAAGGACCAUGACCCCACUUUGGAGUCAACCGUCCCAGUGUUUUUUUUGUGACUAUUUAUCAAAGGUCCAAUAAACAGGUAGGGUUUGAAAAGGACUGUAGUGGACUGAUUGAUUUAUCAACCACCACCAGUGAUGCAUGAUCACGGGCUCCCAAGAGACACAACAUAUUUCAGGGAGUUGUAUGAAAAGGGCUGCGAAGGCUGAGCUGAGAUCAGUUUGGGCAUGAGUGUUUCUUAUUGUUAAUGUUUUAAAGGGAGCGGGCUAAGCUGGUCCAAUAUCUAUGUUUAGGGGGUCCUUCAGUCAGGAGCUAGAGAGAGAUAGACCAGGGCAGUAUACUGUAAAUACUGACUGUAUGUAUGUAUGUGUGUGCGUGCGUGUGUCAGGGAGAGAGAAAUGCUGAGUAGAUUAGAGGUUAUUUUGGCAUCAUCUCACAAAUUACCCUCAGAAUCCACUGGAGUCCCUCCGUCCUUUCUGCCUUUUUCUCUUCCGCCCACCUGCUCUCUCGUCUCUUUCACUCUCCUCCCCCUCGUUCCUCCCUCCGGCAACAUGCCAGACGGAAGAAGAGAGACAGAGAUGGAGGGAGAGAGAGAGGGAAGAGAUGGAGUAGGGUUAGAUAAACAUACGUAUGUUUUAGUUUUAGUAUGUUUAAGUUUUAGUAUAGUAUAGUAUCUCUCUCUCUCUCUCUCUCUCUCUCUCUCUCUCUCUCUCUCUCUCUCUCUCUCUCUCUCUCUCUCUCUCUCUCUCUCUCUCUCUCUCUCUCUCUCUCUCUCUCUCUCUCUCUCUCUCUCUCUCUCUCUCUCUCUCUCUCUCUCUUCAAUUCAAGGGCUUUAUUGGCAUGGGAAACAUGUGUUAACAUUGCCAAAGCAAGUGAGGUAGACAACAUACAAAGUGAAUAUAUAAAGUGAAAAACAACAAAAAUUAACAGUAAACAUUACACAUACAGAAGUUUCAAAACAGUAAAGACAUUACAAAUGUCAUAUUAUAUAUAUACAAUGUACAAAUAGUUAAAGGACACAAGAUAAAAUGAAUAAGCAUAAAUAUGGGUUGUAUUUACAAUGGUGUUUGUUCUUCACUGGUUGCCCUUUUCUCGUGGCAACAGGUCACAAAUAUUGCUGCUGUGAUGGCACACUGUGGAAUUUCACCCAAAAGAUAUGGGAGUUUUUCAAAAUUGGAUUUGUUUUCGAAUUCUUUGUGGAUCUGUGUAAUCUGGGGGAAAUAUGCCUCUCUAAUAUGGUCAUACAUUGGGCAGGAGGUUAGGAAGUGCAGCUCAGUUUCCACCUCAUUUUGUGGGCAGUGAGCACAUAGCCUGUCUUCUCUUGAGAGCCAUGUCUGCCUACGGCGGCCUUUCUCAAUAGCAAGGCUAUGCUCACUGAGUCUGUACAUAGUCAAAGCUUUCCUUAAUUUUGGGUCAGUCACAGUGGUCAGGUAUUCUGCCGCUGUGUACUCUCUGUGUAGGGCCAAAUAGCAUUCUAGUUUGCUCUGUUUUUUUGUUAAUUCUUUCCAAUGUGUUAAGUAAUUAUCUUUUUGUUUUCUCAUGAUUUGGUUGGGUCUAAUUGUGCUGUUGUCCUGGGGCUCUGUAGGGUGUGUUUGUGUUUGUGAACAGAGCCCCAGGACCAGCUUGCUUAGGGGACUCUUCUCCAGGUUCAUCUCUCUGUAGGUGAUGGCUUGGUUAUGGAAGGUUUGUGAAUCGUUUCCUUUUAGGUGGUUGUAGAAUUUAACGGCUCUUUUCUGGAUUUUGAUAAUUAGUGGGUAUCGGCCUAAUUCUGCUCUGCAUGCAUUAUUUGGUGUUUUACGUUGUACACAGAGGAUAUUUUUGCAGAAUUCUGCGUGCAGAGUCUCAAUUUGGUGUUUGUCCCAUUUUGUGAAGUCUUGGUUGGUGAGCGGACCCCAGACCUCACAACCAUAAAGGGCAAUGGGCUCUAUGACUGAUUCAAGUAUUUUUAGCCAAAUCCUAAUUGGUAUGUUGAAAUUUAUGUUUCUUUUGAUGGCAUAGAAUGCCCUUCUUGCCUUGUCUCUCAGAUCGUUCACAGCUUUGUGGAAGUUACCUGUGGCGCUGAUGUUUAGGCAGGGGGAGGCCGGGUGCUGCAGACUUUUCUAGUGCCCGCGCCAAUUUGUUGAUAUAUAUGUUGAAGAGGGUGGGGCUUAAGCUGCAUCCCUGUCUAACCCCACGACCCUGUGUGAAGAAAUGUGUGUGUUUUUUGCCAAUUUUAACCGCACACUUGUUGUUUGUGUACAUGGAUUUUAUAAUGUCGUAUGUUUUACCCCCAACACCACUUUCCAUCAGUUUGUAUAGCAGACCCUCAUGCCAGAUUGAGUCGAAGGCUUUUUUGAAAUCAACAAAGCAUGAGAAGACUUUGCCUUUGUUUUGGUUUGUUUGGUUGUCAAUUAGGGUGUGCAGGGUGAAUACAUGGUCUGUUGUACGGUAAUUUGGUAAAAAGACAAUUUGACAUUUGCUCAGUACAUUGUUUUCAUUGAGGAAAUGUACGAGUCUGCUGUUAAUAAUAAUGCAGAGGAUUUUCCCAAGGUUACUGUUGACACAUAUUCCACGGUAGUUAUUGGGGUCAAAUUU